GGAUCACACGGCAACCAAUGAAAAGGACUCAUUUCUUCAUACGUAAACAAAGAACACUGUGAUGGUCGCUGGGUUUGAUCAGCUGUUCUCCGUCCUGUCAACAAAAUAAUUGCAGCUAGCCAGCUCUAAUUCAAAUAACGUACUUACUGCUACAAUUUAUACAAAAUCUACUUUAACGUGUAAAGGUCAUAGUCAGCACAGGUAAUUUUAACUAUAUUUGUCUGAGUGUGUUUAAAUUAACUCCUAGAUAGCUGGUGUCUUGCCCUGAAAUAACUGGCUGGAUUUUAGGUCACAAUAAUCAACAAAGUAGUCACCACUAUUAUUAGUAUGUGCAUUAGUGAUCCCGCGAUCUAAAACGCAACAUUAAUUUCGCGGUUAGAAUAACUUUUGGCAUUGUAAUCUGUAAUAAUUUCCUGUAAAAGUUGAGUUGUUUGGCUUGCUUUAUGUAUAAAUUUGGAGUGAGAUGGGAUUUUGAAAAGAAAAAUGAUGACCUUCAUUUUGGUUUAGUAGAGUUUAAGUUCAAUCGGGUUAGGCCAAUCUCAAACAUCAGUGACGCGUUGUCUAUUUUUUUUUAAAGCUGUCCUGUGUUCGGUACGCUACGGACUUGGUUUGUUAACUUUAUGGAAUGAAUGUGUCCUUAGAAUUAUAGGGAACCCAAAAACUUCCCUUAUUGAACUUAUUGACUAAUUGCAAUGUUAAGUUCAUAAUAAAGUAGAAAGGCGUUUCCCAAAUCAACUAGAAGUGGAAAGGUCGUUACCUAGUACAUGUAUUUACGAUUACGGAUUGCGUUUAUUUUUAGAAGUCAGUCAGCGAUUGGGUUUUAAGCCAUUAGCAUUUGGUAGGACGUAUUUACUUUUCUUAGAAGUGGAUUGCACAAGCCACAGAAAUAAUUGGCAAAAUCUUUUUACUUAGUCCAAUAUUUCUCUUACGCUUUGUCUUAAGCCUAGCCUAUAGGCUUAAUUAAUAAUUGAUACAUUUUUUCACUUACAUAUAAUAUUAUAUGAAUAUGACCUGUCACUGUCACCUGUGUCUAAUUUCAUAAUCAUUCAUGGUUUAUGAAUUAUUUUAAUAAUAUAUAUUAAUUAUUAGGCAUGCUGCAAAGGCAUAGGCUAACACUAACCGGUCUUACAUCUUUAAUUGAUUAGUUAAUGCAAAUUUUGGUCAUUAUCUUGUGCAUUAGUUCAUCUGACUGGCAUCUGCAUUGUAUUCACCCUGCUCCUUGUGUAAGUAGGGCAAAAUACACAAUUUGUAUUGUGACUAAAUUCUUAUUGUAGGCUAUAGCUAAUUUGUUUUGUAUUAUUAUUCUCAGCAGUUAUGUUAAAAAAUGGAUAAAUUCUUUUUAAAAUUGUAUAGCUUUUAAAGUAAAACAAUGUUAGUAGUUCUAUAAGUUAUGUGGACAAUGUGAUGAGUUGUAGAAUGAGUAGCCUUCCUUUAACAACAUACUUAAGUUUUUAAAUUUAAUCUAAGUGUUCCAAGUUGUUACUUUAACUUAAGUUCAAAAGAAAAGUAAUUCAGUAAGUAAUACAGAACUUUUAGACCAUUGACUACUCUUUUAUUUUGGCAUUGUUAUUGUUAGUAGUUUUAAGGAUAUGUCUGAAAUCUACUAUGCAUAAAGCUUUUAUUUUGUUGAACAUGUUUUAUUGUCUUUUAUUCUCUAGUACAAGAUCUGAAACAUUUUAAAAAUUAAGUCUACUAAUGCUUUAGUUUAAAGUUAAGUGUCCUCAAAUCUAUAUUUCAAAUAUAGAUCAUGCUGUGAUCCUUGUUCUAUUCUGCAUGUAUGUAGGUCUUAAUCAGUUAAAAUUGAUUAAUUAAAGUGUAUGGACUUUCAGGGCCAAAUUGGUGGUCUAAUUUUGGUUCAUGUGUCAUAUUGUAAUUAGAGCAACCACAAGAUGCCUCAGAUAAUUCAAUGUGUACAUAAGAAAUAUUGCAUCAUUUUUAUGCAACCAUCUCUUAAGGGGAAAUCUAUAAAUGAGGUCACACACAUUUUGAAAUAUUUUUUUACAACACCCCCCCCCCCCCUCCAAUUGUCUCAAAAAGUUAGACCCCCACCCCCUCAAAUUCCUCAGAUAAUUCAAUGUGUACAUAAGAAAUAUUGCAUCAUUUUUAUGCAACCAUCUCUUAAGGGGAAAUCUAUAAAUGAGGUCACACACAUUUUGAAAUAUUUUUUUACAACACCCCCCCCCUCCAAUUGUCUCAAAAAGUUAGACCCCCACCCCCUCAAAUAUAACGUCACAAAACGUCACUCCGCUCCCAUUAAAAAAAAAUCCCUCUGUCCUUUACAAACCCUUAAGAAAUACACCUCCCAUAGAUAUCAAAUUACUGCCCAUGUGUCAGAAACAUUUCCCUAGAACAGCAGUUCUUAACCAGGGGUAAAAGUACCUCCCCAGCCCUGAGGUGCGGAAGACCAGAAAAUUCGUUUUGCUGCCAUUGCUAGUUCUUUUUAUGCAUUUUGAAUAGUAUCAGUAAAUGUUUUUCUUGUGAAUUUUAUUGCACAUUGUUUGUAUUGGUAAUUUUUUUCCUUGUUUAUUUAAAGUUAAUUAAAUAAAUAAAACUACGAUAACUAAAUUAUUUAAUGAUUUUCAAAUUUUAAUUUAUUACAAUAUAAUUUAUAAAGUUGGCAGUGGGGAUGUUUAAAAUGGUGUGGGCCUGCAGUGCUGCAAAAAGGUUAAGAAUCCCUGCACUGGAGCAUAAUUCACUAAGAUCAAACACCCCCACCCCCCAACCAUUUUUUUCGUUCCAUCCCACUUUACGAGGUAUUACGAAUUCUAUGACUCCCAUCUCAACAUUUUGACAUAAAUUCUCUCAGCUGUCAAUGUCACUUCACUUCACCCAUUUUAUCCUCCUCCUUGGCGGCCUGUAACUUGAUCAGAUGUCAUUUCUCUGACUUCCCAUCCCUGUACUGAUUCUCUCAGAGGUCGUAGUUUGAAAAUAAAAUGAAAAUUGUUGUAUAAAAGAAUAAUGUUAAAAAUGUUUUUAAUUUAGGGUUAUUAAGUGCAUUUUUUUACUAUAAAUCUCUGCUUUUCACCUGACAUUAUAUUGCUUAAUGCCCCCCUCCCACUCGUCACUCAUCGUGGCAUAAAUGUGACACCCCCCUCCCCUUAGAUGCGUGACAUCAUUUAUGGAUGGCCCCCUUUACUAUAAUUUAGGGUAUAUAAGUGUUGAUUUGGAAACAUAGAGAAACAUUUUUAUUUUACACAGAUACAGAAUACUCUGGUGAUUUUAAAAAAAAAAUACUUAUGUUAUUUCUUAACCAAUUGAAUGUGCUGUUUCCCUGCAUUUUAUUAUGGGUGCAUGUUCACUUUUAUUUUUAAAUUUAACCUUUAAAUCAUAUGUUGGUUUCAGAAUUUAAUUGAAAUUUAGUAUUGAAAAAAUGAAAAAAUGUAAUUAAGGGAUGUAAUCUUUAAAAAAAAAUAUUAUUUAAGCACAACUGCUGGCCUGUCAACCAUGAAAAUAUAUCCUAUAUUUUAUAACACAAAUAAUUGUGUGUUCCAUUUAAUUAUUCCUUAUCCUCCUUAACUGUUAUGUAUUAAAUUUCUUCAACAGAUUAUAAAUAAUGUUUUAUAUAAACAAGUUCUUGUUCGGUGUUGAUCCUGAGCAGCAGUAUCAAAAUCCGGCAGAUGGCACUGGAGAACAACUGAAAACCCAGCAGAUUGAUGAUUGGGUUGUUGUUGAAACAUCGGGUAAGAUUGGUAAAUAAUUAAAAAAACAAAAAAACUUUAAUAUUAAAAUUCUGUUUUAGAAAUAUUAUUAAAUCUUUGAGACAACUUAAUAAUUUGAGCAUCAAUAAUAUUGUGAUCUUUUUUUGUUCUAGAAGCAUGCAGUUUUAAAUGAUUGGUAUAUUUGUGAUGGGAAAAAAUACAGUCAGUGAAUGAAUUGGCUCUGUGUUUAAGAAAAUUUAAUAUUGUAUGAAUAUCAAACAGCAGAGCAGUUUGUUUAUUACAGAAGAUAAGAUAAGCCAAUGAUAAUGGGCUUUACAACUUUAAAAAGUGCAAUUUCAUCUUUUUUUUUCUUCCCUUUUCAGAUAAAGAGAACUGUGGGCCGUUUUCUCACUCCACCCCUCACACUCAUCAUCAUCACCCUCAUCGCCACCACCACCUUCAUCAUCCAUUACAAAACCCUCACACCGCACAUGUGGGAGGACAUGAUUCCUUAUCGCAAUCUCAGAGCUCAUCCUGUGUCGCAGAAGAAUAUCUGGAUGAUGCAGACACGUUGGCUCAAAACUUAGACACUAGUGGUCAUGCCACUGAUGGUAAUUGCUUAGCCCUGCAUCCAAAUUUCCCUCUUCAGGAUUGUGGCAAUACUAAUUUUGAUAUUGACAGCAACUGUUCAUCAGACACAGAGUCCUCUCAUGGCUCUGUGUUCUCUGCCAGCUCAGGCAGGUCUCAUGCCACUUACCGGCCACGUGGAAAUGGCAGUGAGCCGUGGGUGGUGGCCCCUGCUCCGUGCUUCACUGGCUCCCAAGUGGGCGAGCUCAACGCCAUUUCACACAGUCCAAUGGAGAACCUCCUGAUAGAGCAUCCAUCAAUGUCUGUGUAUCUCUCCAUACCCCAUUCAUCCCGGCCCCCAUCUCACCCCUUCCUUUCCACUCGUCUCACAGGUGAAAAUAACGGAAGCAACUUACAGGAGGAAGGAGAUGAAUUGCCAACAGAGCACGCAGAGGUGAGGGAGGAAGAAUUUGUUGCGCAAGACCAGACAGAUGUAGUCCCUCUGCAGCCCAGAAGAAUUGCUCAGAUUAUACCCCCAAGUCUCCUCUCACCCCAGCAAAUUGUUAAAAACGUCCACACUGCCCGCCGUAGCCAGCGCAUUAAAACUCAGGAAAAUAUAAGUAACAGUAAGUGUGAUCGCCAGAAUAAGGUGCGGGAUUAUCAAGGGUAUACCAAGGGAAAUAAUAGGAAAAAUAAGCGAAUGAAGCCAUCUGGCUGCAAAGCUUCCCGCUUCAAUCAACGCAUGUAAUCACGGAUGGACUUAGAUCUCUUAGAUAAAUGGAAAUUAUUUUUAAAAUAACCUUGUGAUAACUUUUUAUGCUCAAGCUCAGUUAUUUCUUGGGUAGAAUAAUUUAUUAAUUCUAUAAACUUAGAAAACAAAUAAAAAGCUCACUAUUUUAUAAAUAACACAUUUUGUAAUUUUUUUUCAGUAAAAACUUUGAAUUAAAUUAUUGCUAUGCCAUACACCAUGUUAAUAAGUUUUAUUAGUCAUAUCCCUUUGUUAAUGAUUUUUAUUGAUUAAGAUGAUUUGAUAGCCAUCACUGUUGAUGUGAAUGUGAAAACUAAUAAAUAACUUGUUCUGCAAGCUUAUUACAAUAUGCAAAUUUAUCCACAAAAUUUUUUAAAAGACAGUUCUGUAACACUGAUAUUACUAAUAAUAUUAGUGAUGGAAAAAAUAAACUAGAACAAUAUUGUUCUUGAGUCUUUCCUUUCUAACCUCUACCUCAUUCUUCUUUAAGAAUAAAUGAAGCUUCGGUGAAAUGAAAUUGUGAUGUGAAUCGGUUGUUAAUAAAAAUUUUUCCUGCCUUCAUUUGCUCAUGCCAUUUUCUACCCUUGAAAUAACUAGUCUUGACUAUAGAUAAAGUGAAAUUGCAGCAGAGAUUUUGAUUUUUAUCGCAGUAGCUGCUUGGUUACUGAUGAUAAAAUUCAAAAUAAAAUUUAAAUUUCAUGAUUGAUUUUUUAACUCUGAAUGACAGAAAAAGAAGACCUAACGCAGUAGAAGAAGAUAAAAGAGCUUUUGCAAUAUAUUAGAAAUUUUAAUUUAAAAGCCUUAAAUUAUUGUUGAAGCCUUUAGAUAUAUUACACCCCUCCUCCCCACAACAGGUUGUGUGGGAAAUUUGACUCAAUAACCAUGUAACCGUUUUUUGUUUUUUUCCACUGCAUAUACUGAUAUUAACUUAUUUAUUAUAUUUUAUGUCAAUAGCGUUAGCAGAUCUGUUGUAAACAAUUUUUCAGAUGUAUAUAAAAACAUUAAAGUUAAACCAGAAACCAAAAAAAAAAAAGAAAGAAAAAAAGGGAAAAGUUGAAUAUAUAUUAAAAAAAUUUUGGUAACAUCCUAGACUAUUGGUUUGUUCAUGUUUGCUACCUGUUCAAAAAAUUUUUUGUUGACUUUAUUUUUAAAAGAAAUUUUUUAGCAGUAAAACAUAUAAGCUAAUUGGAAACUCCUCAGAAUUGUGUUGGAAGCUAUUUUAAAAAAAUCUUUACCUUUUUUCCAAGCUUUGAGUUUUGUUUUUGCUUUAUUUUAUUAAAUAAGAAAGAAAUGCUGCUCUUUUUAUUGCUUUAACAAAUUUGUUUUACAAAAUAAUAUAGGCCCUUGCUGACAGCUAAAUAAAUAAACAGGAGAAGUACUGUGUGUAAAUUUGUUUUUUUAAAUUAAAAAAUGCCCUCACCCAGAGACAACAACUGUGGGAACAGUGAAUAUAAAGAUAUUCAUGCAUUUCCAGACAUGUCGUUUCAAACUAUAUAUUCUGAAUACUACUUUGGAAAUUAUAAACUAAUUUAGAGCUUUGGGAAUUUUAAAAAUGCCACAAGGAUUGUUCACCUCUAGUUGAUGAUUAAGUGAAAAUUUUUACUCACACUCUUGCCAACAAAAGCGUAGAUAUAGUUCUGACUUGUCAUUGCUGUAUAAAUAUAUACAUUUGAUCGAUGUUAUUUUGAAAAUGUGUUGGUUUAAGAACAAUGGGUCAGUUGAGUGCAAGUAAAUUACAUGAAACAUGAUAGAAAUUGUGCGCAAGACUUAAAUAACUUGAUAAUACGCAUGCAGAUAUUUUGUAAAAAAAUAAACAAACCAUCUUUGUUAAAUUGGUGCUGAAAUCCAUCUGACCAUCAAUCAAUAUUCACUUCAUCAUUCAGGAAUGUCUACUGCUCGAGUCAUCUUUGCUAAUGUUUAAAGUUGCAACAGUUUUAAAGCUUGGAUUACUACUUUGAAAAAGCUAUUACAUUAAUUCUUUGAUUAACUUUUUCACCGACAUGUUGUUUUGUUGUUUAUUUUACAUUUGGUGGUUGAAUUUUUUAACAACUCUUUUUUUAAGUCAAUUUUUUUUUUUUUUUUUAAAUAAUUAUAAGUCACUAUAUAAUAUUUUGUUUUUAAGAGUACUAGUGACAUUAAAAAACUAUUAUCAUGAACAUUACCAGAUUGCUAGUACAUGUUUACCCUAAAAAAAUUAUCAUGGUUUUUUUUUGUUUUUUAUUUUUUUUUUGGUUGUUGAUUUUUUUAACUACUUUUUUUUUAAGUUAAUUUUUUUUUUUUUUUUUUAAAUAAUUAUAAGUCACUAUAUAAUAUUCUGUUGUUAAGAGUUCUAGUGACAUUAAAAAACUAUUAUUAUGAACAUUACCAGAUUGCUAGUACAUUUGUACCCUAAAAAAAUUAUCAUGGUUGGCACUGAGUGCUUCUGUGUAUAUAACAUGUAAAACUUGCUGUUUGUUGGGGUAAAAGUAAUCUUUGACAUUGUGCCCCGGCACACUGAUCUGAUCAAGAGCCAUAUGCAUGCAAUAAAUGUAUUUUGCCCUUUGUCUAUUGAAACCAAGAAUGUACUACAAAUUUAACACCAGAACUGCUACUAAGUAACUUUAAAAUGUUAUUUUUUUAAUCAAUGUUAUUUAUAUAUAUAUAUAUUUUAAAAACUUGUCAUUCAUGUAAAUUUCUACGGUUGUUAUAUGACCUGUCUUUUUAAAUCUGUUUCUGCUUUUAUUUCAAUAUGGCUAACAAUUGUGUUAUAGGUCCACCUAAGCCUUUUCUAACUGUUCCUGCCUCCCCUAUGUCCGUUGAAGAUAUUUUAUAGAUGAAAUAAUUUUCAAUAAGCCAUUCAAAAUAUAUUUUUUUCUAAACCAUUAUCUUGAUUUAAUAUUUUUGGAGUGUUUAUUUAAAUUAGGAACUUUUAUAGGCUGUCAAGGAACACAUAAUAUCUAUGGCUAGAAUAUUGCCACCAAAUUUGUUGUUUUCCUAAAUGUAUAAAUCUCUAAUGAUAUUUAAUUUUGAUAAUUUUAUUCUCUCCAGAUCUUUAAAAAGGCAAAAUAUAAGGUCUUUAGCCCAAUAGAUUUCAGUAGUUACAAAAGAAACACUAUUUAAAAAAAAAAAAAAAAGUAGAUUUGAGCAAAACUAAACUGCUUAAUAAUGUUACUUUAGGGGUGGAGGGGUGUUGAAUAAAAUCAAAAUGGUAGUUCAUGUCUAAAUAUUUAUCUUCUUUACACUGUUUGCAGUAAGAGUGCUCUUUGAGUUGAGUGUAGUUGAUAUUUCAAAUAUCUGUUACGAGUGUAGAAAUGAGAAUUUUACAUUUUGUGUUAGUUCUUAUGCAACUCAUAGCUUGUGGUAGAUUUGUGUUGUAAAAAAAACUAUUUAAUAGUUGUAGUAGCUAUGCCCUCAUGUAAGAAUUUUUCAAUUUUUAGAAUAUUGAUCUCAUUGUUGUUUUAAAACCUAUUGGAAAAAAACAACAAAUAAUUGUUCAAAAUCCAAAAAGUGUGUAGGUUUAAAGAUUAAGAAAGUGUCUUCAAGCUUUGAAAUGAGAAUAUUGUGUGCGUCUACAAAUUUGUGAUACAACAUUUAAGGGCAGUUCUUUCACAAUUUCUUUACCAUUUCUUUGUCAUUGGACUAAUGAAGAAAAAAAAAAAGUUGUGGGGUGGAAUGACUGAUCAGGAAGGAGAGAGAAUAACAAGGAGAGUCGUCUAACCUGUUAACAAUAUUCCACGUUUUUCUAUACACCUAUGUGAAUGUUUUAAUUUUAGUACAAAAAAAAUAAUGUAUAGUUUAUUUAAAUAUACUGGCAACUGAAAUCUUCUGUGUAAAUACUUAAAGAGUGAAUUUUUAAUCAGUUUUCAUGUUUAAAGUGGCAUUGUUAUAUAGGAGUUGUACUUUUAAAAAUAAUCUGUGAUUCUUUUUUUUUUAAAUUUUCCACAAGGGCCAUUUUUUGUUGUUACACUAUGGCAAAACAUGUAAUAUUUUAAUUAUUUUCGUGUAAAUGAAGUAGUGCUGGAAGCAAAAAAGAUCAGCUGCUCUUUUUUUGUUUGCAAUAAGGGUUCUUACACCCCAGAAAAUAAACUCCAUUACAAUCAAACUAAGUCAGAUAUAUCAUUAGUUAUAUUUAAUUUAACGCAUUUUUAAAACAGAUUUUAAUGAAACAACUAUGAAAUGCAAUAAAACUUGUGACAUCAACAUAAGCAUUGAGAAUAAUGUAAAGGGUCUGUAGCUCACUGUUAAAAAUUAAAUAAAAACAAAAACAGUAUAAAUUGCUCCGUUUUCUUGCAUGGUUCACUUCCAAGGUUAAGAAUAUCAUUUAUAAAUUUAAGUUUUCAACAUCAAAAAUAAGGAAAGAAAUAAUAAGUAUACAUUUGAUUUGCACGGAAAAAAUCACUCGCAUUUCUAUUUCAAAAACAAUAGUUUUUUAAUGUUCUUUUAACUAAUUUAUACCAACCAGAACUAAUAAAUGUCAAUACUCGGAGGUCGAGAUUCUAUCUCUUAGGACCUCUGGCCGCGAAACAUAGCCUAGUAGUCCCUUGGGACUCCGGCCAUGCAACUCGGCCUUGAGUAACAGGGUUUUGGGCAGGUUUCUUCCACUCAUGAGGGAGCAGUUUUGCGUCACAGUCCCCCUUGCCCAUUGAGUCUUACGGUCGGUACGAAGGGUUGGAACAGUUUUUCUUCCUCUCCGGAGAUGGCGUUGCGUUGCAACCCCCACUGCCCCGGGAGCUGUACGUUUCCUUGGUGCGGGACGGCUUUGCUUCCUCUCCGGGAGUAGUCACGAGCUUAACUUUCUCCCACCGUUCCUAAGAGUUGUGCGAGCAAUUGGUUCCCAACGAAUUGUUUCCCUCCGGGGAGGCGUUGUGUUGCCUCAAGCCCGCUACCCGGGAGCGGUUCGAUCUGGACUGUGAAGGGUCAAAACGGUUUUUACUUCCUCUCCGGGGGAGGCGUUGCGUUACCUCAACCCACCAUUCGGGGAGUGGUUCGGACUGGACGUGGCGGGGACAAAACGGUCGCCUAGGGGCGGCUUUCUCAGGGCCGCGUCUUUUUAAUCACUGGCAAGGGUUUGGGCGGCCACCCAUUGCCUCAUACCCAUCAACGGCAACACGUAAUCAUGUUAGCGCUUAAACUUCCGUUGCGUUGAAAUUCAUGCGUUUUGCCUGGGAUCUUUUAGCUUCAGAAGGAGAAACUCCCCCCCUACUAGUCAGGCACGCCACGAAGAGGUAAGAUCCCGUGUAACACCACAGAGAGCUUGUGGUGCUGGGCAAGGAUUUUCCAAAGGUCCACCCUUAAACCCGCCUGACCAACCAGAACUGAAAGGAACAAUCAGUCAUAAUGCACAAUUUUUAAACUGAAAACAAAACAUGAUAUCAAAUUAAGCAAUAAUCAAUUGUACUAUUGUUCAUUUCAAUAAUUAUAAAUUGAAGGGAACUUGUGUGUUUUAAGACUAACUGCAGGAGAGAUAUUGUUCAUUUUACUUAAUAUGUGACUCUCUUUCUUUCAUUAUUAAUUUAUAUUAAUAAAUGACUUUUGCUGACUUAUUCGCUGUGACCUGUUCCAGUGACCACACUUUAAUUCACCCUUUCACACAUGCACCAUUUUAAAAUAUGAUUGUCUUCACCCUUAAUUUGGCUCCAUUUGAAUAUUUUUUGGUAGUUUUAAAGCAUGCAUUUUACAGCCAUUAGUUUUUUAAUAUCCCUUUCCAAUAUCCUUAAGUAUCUGGAUUUUAUUGUAAUUAGCUGUAAGAUAUAAUUUCUUCUUCUAUAUCUUAAGGGCCCACGAUCAAUUUAUUGAUCAUUUUGGCUCCUAUGUGGCUUUCUGUAAGUUAGUAAAUUAGCCAAAUUAUGACUUUGUGUACAUUUUGGGAUCUAGCAGUUAAAAAGCAUCUGUUUUCUAGAAUAGCUCCAACUUUUUAAUGCCUCAGAGAUUCUAUAAGGCUAAUACAUUGGAUUCAGCAUAUAGAAAUGUAUAAUUCUAAUAUACUUAUAUAUAUAUAUAUCUAUAAUCUGUUGUGUAUUUAAAUUAAGCACAUUUUUACUUUGUUUUAAUCUAGAAUGAAAGUGUUCGCACAAUGCUGACAUGUAUAAAUAUGUCCAUCAAAUGGAAAAAGGUGAACUACUUUUCAGAUGUUAAUCUUGUAUAGCCUUAUUAUAGUAUAUGACUGUACUGUAAUUUAAUUUCCAUUAAAAGUUUGAACCAAAAAAAAAAUUAAAUAAAUGUUUGUUUUUAAAUGGCAUAUGAUUUUUUUAAAAGAGUCUUUAUUUAAUAUGUCUGUUGUUAUUUCCU